CAAUCAACUUUGUAAGUGAGGCUAUUGUAUCCAAAGGUAAACCGAGUAAGAUGGGAAAUACCAUUCUAAACUUGUGUUUUGUUUUUCUUUUUAUGUCUAUGGUUUUGCCUGUUCUUGGCCAAGGAGGACUAAAAACCGGGUUUUAUUCAUCGUCAUGCUCAAAAGCCGAGUCUAUAGUAAGAUCAACCGUUGAAGCAGAGUUUAAUAAAGAUCCUACGAUUGCUGCAGCUUUACUUAGGCUUCAUUUCCAUGAUUGUUUUGUUCAGGGUUGUGACGGUUCUAUUUUGAUAUCGGGAACUUCUGCUGAGAGAAAUGCAGUGACUAAUUUGGGACUAAGAGGAUUUGAGGUGAUUGAUAAUGCAAAAAAACAGCUUGAGACUUCAUGUCCUGGUGUUGUUUCCUGUGCUGACAUCCUAGCAUUAGUUGCUCGUGACGCUGUAGACUUGAGUGGAGGUCCAAGCUGGGGAGUGCCUACUGGAAGAAGAGAUGGUAGGAUCUCUUCAUCGUCAGAGGCCUUAAAUUUACCUUCACCGUUGGAUACAAUUGAUGUCCAAAGGAAAAAGUUUACAGCCAAAGGCCUAGAUGAUCAUGAUCUUGUCACCCUUGUUGGUGCACAUACAAUUGGCCAGACAGAAUGCAGAUUCUUUAAUUAUCGACUAUACAACUUCACAACAACAGGAAAUGCAGAUCCAAGCAUAAACGUAGCAUUCUUGGCACAAUUACAGACUCUAUGCCCCAAAGGUGGCGAUGGUUUGAAAAAGGUAGCUUUAGACAAAGAAAGCCAGUUGAAUUUUGAUGUAAGUUUUUUCAAGAAUGUAAGAGAUGGAAAUGGAAUUCUUGAGUCAGACCAGAGGCUGUUGGGUGACCCUUCCACAAGAAGGAUUGUGGAAAAUUAUGCAGGGAAUGUAAGGGGAUUGCUAGGAUUGAGAUUCAAUUUUAACUUUCCAAAGGCUAUGAUCAAAAUGAGCAGCAUUGAGAUUAAGAUUGGCACUCAAGGGGAGAUCAGAAAAGUUUGUUCCAAGUUCAAUUAAAGAGCUAUUUAUUAGCUAGCUGGAAUGCUAGUGUUUAUAUAUAUUAUUGUAUAACGGAGAUUUGUAACGUGAAUAUAUUUUUAUAAAAGCUUCAAGAUAUUUUCUUCCUA